CGUCCCACCACUCUCUCUCCUCUCUAUCUCUCUCUAUCUCUCUCUCUCUCUCUCUCUAUGAACCCUUAAGGUACGAUUUUUACCUCUCUCUCUCCUCUUCGAUUUCCUUUGAAUUCGAUCGAGAGAGAGAAAUGGGUUCGAGCAAUGGCGCCUCAACGCAGGCGCUUCUCUUUUUCCUUCUCUUCUUCUUCAUCGGAUUCGCCUCCGCCACUUCCAUCUCCGGUGAUGUGUUCCAAUCUCACGGAUCCACUGGUCGGAGCCUCCUACAAGCCAAAAAGAGUUGCCCGGUGAAUUUCGAGUUCCUCAACUACACCAUUAUAACAAGCAAAUGCAAGGGCCCACAGUACCCGGCCUCGUUGUGUUGUUCCGCCUUCAAGGAAUUCGCGUGCCCAUACUCCGAUGAGUUAAACGACGGCACGAACGACUGCGCCUCGACGAUGUUCAGCUACAUAAACUUAUAUGGGAAGUACCCUCCGGGCCUUUUCGCGAGCGAGUGUAGAGAAGGAAAAGAAGGGCUCUCGUGCCCUCCCGAGCUCUCUCAGUCGCAGAAGGCCGUUAAUGCCAAUGCUGCUCGUAAAGGUCGGAGAAUCGACAGCUUCCCUGUCGUCGUCAUCUCCUUCUUAGGGUUCUUAAUGGCCUUCUCGAUGUACUAAAGACGAAAGUCGAUUAUAUAAACUACAAGUAAUGUAAUCGCAGGUGAAGUUGUAUUAAAACCUAACGGUUUGCGCGAUGAUAUGCAAAUAUUUAAUGUAUCUGGGCUUUGGGGUUUUGUUGUUUUCCUUUUAUGAAGAUUACGGCGAAAAUCGUGUGAAUUGUUAUUUGCCGAAGUUUUUAUGUACACAAAUGAAAGUGCAUUAUAGUGUGAUUAUUGGUUAUGUAUGACAUUUUGGGUGCAAUGUGGUGAAUGUGAUCAAAUGAGAAGAUCUCCAUUUUGUGUAAA